AUGCCUAGAUCACUUUAUCUCCUUCAAAAUUCAACGAUAAAUCAUUUUGGAGAUGAUCUUUCGCUGGAUUUAAAAAGAAGGAACAGUUUAAAAAAUAUAAGUAAACCUAUCAAACAACAUACUAUUAAGAGUUGGUUGUCUUCACGAUUUAGUCGGAACAAUUUAAUUCAAUCACCAGACGAGUGUAUGAACAUGAAAACAAAGUCAUCAUCUAAUUCAAAUGAAUUAGAAGCAAUCCUUGUUGAAAAAAGUGCUGACGUUUGUCUUUUGGUUGAUUCACCUUUUCGCAUCAUCAGGGCAGCGGAAGCAGGAAAUUUAGAUGAAUUUAUUCGUUUGUAUCAAUUUGACAACAGUCGCUUAAGUGUAAAAGAUGGAAAAGGAAGAACUGUUGGACAUCAGGCAGCAGCAAGAAACAAAGUUAAUAUAUUAGAAUAUAUUUUUGAUCAAAACGGAGAUCUGAACUGUCAAGACACAAUUGGAAAUACUCCAAUUCAUACAGCUGUGGAAAAUGAUUCGUUUGAUGCCAUAAAGUUUCUUUUGGAAAUCCCUGUUGAGACCAAUAUACUGAAUGAAAAAAAUCUUGCACCGAUCCAUCUUGCUACCGAGUUAAAUAAAGUAGCAGCAUUAAAAUUAAUGGGAAAAUAUCGAGAAAUUAUAGAUAUACAACAAGGUGGUGAACAUGGCAGAACUGCUCUUCAUUUAGCCGCAAUAUACGAUCACGAAGAGUGUGCUCGAAUUCUAAUAACAGAAUUCGAUGCCUCACCAAGGGCUAGUUGUAAUCUUGGAUAUUAUCCGAUUCAUGAGGCAGCUAAGAAUGCUAGUUCAAAAACCAUGGAAGUUUUUUUACAAUGGGGAGAAUCUCGUGGAUGCUCAAGAGAAGAAAUGAUUUCUUUUUAUGACUCUGAAGGAAAUGUCCCUCUUCACUCUGCUGUUCAUGGUGGUGACAUUAGAGCCGUCGAACUAUGUUUGAAAUCAGGGGCAAAAAUUUCGACUCAACAACAUGAUUUGUCAACACCAGUACAUCUUGCAUGUGCUCAAGGGGCAAUAGACAUUGUGAAAAUGAUGUUCAAGAUGCAACCUGUGGAAAAAAAGAUAAGUUUAUUAUGCACUGAUAUCCAAAAAAUGACGCCUUUACAUUGUGCUUCAAUGUUUGACCACGCAGAGCUCGUUGAGUUUUUAGUUCUCGAGGGAGGAGAUAUAAAUGCUUUGGACAAAGAGCGACGCUCUCCAAUUUUACUUGCAGCUUCACGUAGUUGUUGGCGUACUGUUCAUGUUCUAAUCAAAUUAGGAGCAAAUGUCCAAUUAAAAGAUGUUACACAAAGGAAUCUGUUGCAUUUAAUUAUCAUAAACGGUGGGCGAUGCGAAGAAUUUGCUAAAGAAAUUUGUGCAACGUCUAAUUGCGGCUGGAGUGAUUUUCUAAAUGAGAAAGAUAACAUCGGAUGUUCGCCAUUACAUUACGCAUCACGAGAAGGGUCUUUAGGAUCCCUCAUGAAUUUGAUUCGCUUAGGAGCUUGUAUCAAUUUGAAAAAUAAUAAUAACGAGUCUCCUUUGCAUUUUGCAGCACGUUAUGGUCGAUAUAACACAGUUAAACAAUUAUUGGAUUCAGAUAAAGGAACAUUCAUUAUAAACGAAUGUGAUGGUGAAGGACUUACACCACUCCACAUUGCUUCACAACAUGGUCACACAAGAGUUGUUCAACUGCUUUUGAACCGUGGAGCAUUAUUGCACCGCGAUCAUAAUGGUAGAAAUCCAUUACAUUUAGCGGCGCGUGGAAAUUACACACAAACUCUUGAACUUCUUCAUUUAGUGCAUUCACAUUUGAUUGAUCAAGUUGAUAAGGACGGGAACACACCACUUCAUUUAGCGGCAAUGGAAAAUCGACCAAAUGCGAUAGCAAUGCUGUUAACACUCGGUUGUAAACUUUUAUACAACAACAUGGAUAUGUCAGCGAUUGACUAUGCAAUUUAUUACAAAUACCCAGAAGCAGCUCUUUCAAUGGUUACUCACGAAGAUAGAGCUGAAGAAGUUAUGUGCUUACGAUCAGAUAAACACCCAUGCGUAACUCUUGCACUUAUAGCAUCAAUGCCGUCAGUUUUUGGAGCUGUUCAGGAUAAAUGUAUUACAAAAGCUAAUUGUAAGAAAGAUUCUAAAAGCUUUUAUAUAAAAUAUUCCUUUUCUUGCCUGUUUUGUCCCCAAAAAUAUGAACAAAUGGAUAAAAAAACUGGAGACGCACUUGUUAUUUCUGAACCAAUCCCAUUACAUGCUCUUAACAUUAAAUAUUGCUUCCGAUUGUAUGAAAAAUCCGAAGAAAAAAUUAAACUUAUUCGUGAAAAACUGAACGAUCCAAAGUGGCGAGCACCGCCACUACAAGUCGUUAAUAUGAUGGUAACACAUGGAAGAGUUGAACUAUUGUCGCAUCCAUUGAGUCAAAAAUACUUACAAAUGAAGUGGAACUCAUAUGGAAAAUAUUUUCAUUUAGCAAAUUUGCUAAUUUAUAGCGUCUUUCUUAUUUUUGUUACAAUUUAUUCGUCUCAAUUGAUGAAUAGCGACCAUAAAAUGAUUCAGGAAAAAUUUCAUUCAGAUCCACAAAAAAAUUUAAAUUUGUCUUUGCCAUUUGAUAACAAUUUUAAUGGAGAACUUGAAAGAAACAUAAAAAUAACUCCGAUAAUGACGAUAUCUGGAAUUGCUAUCAUGAUUUACAUUUUGCUAAUGUCAUUGAGAGAAAUCAUUCAAAUAUAUCAACAACGUUUUCAUUACUUAUUCGAACCAAUAAAUUUUGUAUCUUGGUUACUAUAUAUUGCUGCAACGAUUAUGGUUUCACCAAUUUUCAUGAAUGGAUACAAGUGCGAUGCAUUAUUCUCUUCAGCUUCACUGACAGUUUUUCUGUCUUGGUUCAAUUUAUUGCUAUACCUUCAAAGAUUUGAUCAAAUUGGAAUUUAUGUAGUGAUGUUUCUGGAGAUUCUCCAAACUCUGAUAAAAGUUCUGGCAGUAUUUAGCAUCCUUUUCAUAGCAUUUGGUCUUAGUUUCUUCAUAUUACUAUCGAAUGUCACAAAUCCUCAACCAAAUCAUUUAUCAUUUACAUCAAUUCCAAUGUCGUUAAUGAGAACAUUUUCAAUGAUGUUGGGUGAAAUGGAUUUCAUUGGAACUUUUAUUCAGCCAUAUCAUGCCAACAAUUUACCUUAUCCUUAUGCUUCAUUUAUCAUUUUAUUCUACCGUCUCUUUAUGAUUCUGAUGCCAAUUCUUUUGAUGAAUUUAUUGAUUGGUUUGGCAGUUGGAGAUAUUGAAUCAGUUAGACGAAAUGCACAACUUAAGCGCUUAGCAAUGCAGGUUGUGUUACAUACUGAAUUGGAAAGAAAGUUACCUCAUAUAUGGCUUGAGAAAAUUGAUAAAAUGGAACUUAUUGAGUAUCCGAAUGAAGAUAAAUGUAAAUUAGGUUUCUUCGAUUCAAUCUGUCGAAAAUGGUUGGCUAAUCCAUUCACCAACUCAGGAAAUGCAAAUCUAGACAUUAUGCUUGAUACUAAUGAAGAUUACAUUUCAUAUGAAAUGGAAAAGCAGAAACGAAAGUUGAAAGAAAUGACAAAAAUGAUUGAACAGCAACAUCAACUUCUCAGACUUAUAGUUCAGAAAAUGGAAAUCAAAACUGAGUCAGAUGAUAUCGAUGAGGGCGUUUCAGUUAAGGAAUUACGGCCAAUAAACGCCUUACUUUCUAAAAGUUCAUCAAAAUGGAACUCACCACGUAACAGGAAAAAAUUGAAAGCAGUUGCAAGUUUCAAUAAAAAUGUGUAAAAAAUCUUUUGAAUUCCUAAAUAAAAAUCUCAAAAUUAUUGCCAG